AUCAGCUGAGGCAGCCUCUAUAUAAACUGUGCUGAAUUCAGACCUCAGGCACAACUACUGAUCACCGCUUAUUUAACAGUCGACGACUGAAGACUUGAAGUUUUCCGGAGGAGUUUCUUUUUAUGAUUAGUGUCAAAAGACAACUUUCAACAUGGAUAUAAUCAUCACAAUGCUGAGUGAGACCUACACCCUGACGGUGCAGCCGGGGGACACAGUUGGCUACUUGAAAACAGUCAUCCAACAGAGACUCGGAGUUCCCCCUUAUAAGCAGAGGCUGGUGUUUGUCAACGGCCAGAGGAUCGACCUCAGCGAGGACGCACAGACAGUCAGCUACUACGGCCUGCAGUCUGGCUCCAGGGUGAUGCUGCUGGUGACCGAGCCGGCCACCAUCCAGGUGUUCCUGAGGAACGAGAAAGGGAAGUUGAGCACCUAUGAUAUCAAACCUGACUUGACCGUUGACGAAUUCAAGCGCAAGGUCGAGUGCAGAGAGUCGGUGCCGGUGAGCCAGCAGAGGCUGGUUUUCCAAGGCCGGGAGAUGUCCGGCGGUAAACUGUCCGACUACAAAGUCGAAGCUCUGGGCACCAUCGACCUGUGUCUCCGUCUGAGAGGAGGCUGAGGACACUUUGACACUGUUAAUACAUUAGAAAGAAAUGUGAAUUAUUUUAUUUAAUAUAAACGGAGACAUUUACAUUUAUUUUUAGAGAUAACUAUUUUUUUUAAAAAGCCCAAGCAUUCCAAUUGAUGUUUAUAUCGUUAUUAUUUCCAAAACUUAUGGUGUUUUAUUUGGUCUUAAUUCAGUAUUUUUUGUAAUACAAAUAUGUCACAGCACUGAAUGCACUAUAAUUUUAUUGUGAUAAAUACAUGUUGUUAUUAUGUUAACUGGGUAUUGUUAUGAAUUAAUUAAUUAAUAAAGUCCCAAAUGUAAAUUUA